AUGUGCCAGCAGAAGUCAGCGCGACAUCCGGCAGUCCCCUUCCGCGUCCCACGGAAUCUAAACCCCACGCCCCUCAAGCCGUUCGCGAUGGGUGUGCUCGAGGCGACACUUCGCCAAGUUCUCUGCGAGAGUCCCAAGGCCCUCCCGAUGCACGGCAGGAGCGCACUGCUGGACACAUGCAGCCUUAGCGUCGCCACACUGGCCCUGUCCCUGCUACAUGGAAGGGAAGGACUCAUUGUGCCCCCCUGA